UUCUAUUGUAAAUACCACAUCAAGCGCAGCGGAAAGUAAUCGAUAGUAAAAGUUUGCGAACUUUGUUUAUUAAACUGUGUGCGUGAAGUUCAUUGAAACUGCAAACUGUAUAGCGGGACCGCGAAACUUUCGAAAUGAUACGCGACUUGAAACAGAAAUUUGAAUCCGAUGGUUACGUUGUUCUGCAAGACUUUUUAACCGAAGAUGAAGUUAACUUACUUAAAGCGGAGCUAGAUACUUUACUAAAAGAUAUGCCCGAACAGGAAAAUCGUACAGUAUUCAGUACUGUAAACAAGGAACAGGCUAAAAGUAAAUACUUUUUGGAUAGUGCUGACAAAAUAAGUUACUUCUUCGAAGCGGAUGCAUUGGGACCAAACGGUGAACUGUUGAUACCAAAGGAGAAAUCCCUUAACAAGGUUGGCCACGCUCUCCAUGAAUUGAAUAAAAACUUUAGAAAAAUUACCUUCGACGAAAGGGUGAAAGAAUCAUGCUUUCAACUGGAUUUUCAGGAACCAGUAGUGGUACAGAGCAUGAUUAUAUUCAAAAAUCCAGGUGUUGGUAGUGAAGUUGUAAUGCAUCAAGACGCAUCGUACUUAUACGCGGAGCCACUGAAACUUGUAGGCUUCUGGAUUGCUUUAGAAGACGCUACCGUCGAAAACGGAUGUCUAUGGAUAGCACAAGGAUCCCAUCGAAGUGGAGUACAUAGGAGACUUACACGCAACCCGGACAAAAAUUCAAAUGAAUUUUUAAUUUACGAUAAACCAGCGCCUAUUUAUUCAACGAGCAGUUUUAAACCAGUUCCAGUUACUAAAGGAACGUGUAUUCUAAUUCAUGGACAAGUGGUUCAUUACAGUCCUGCAAAUAAAUCUGCUGAUUCCAGACAUGCAUAUACUUUUCACGUGUUAGAGGAAAAGGACACUAAGUAUUCAAAAGAUAAUUGGCUUCAACUCCCCGAAGGAAAAUCUUUUCUCAACGUAUAUAAAACAUUCUAACACGAACUUGUAUAAUUAGCAACAAAUUAGUUAUUAAGUUAAAAAAGUUCCGUGUAAUUAGUUUAAUGAGCAAAAAGUUAAUGAUAGAUUAGUUUUAAGAUUUUUUUAAUGAGGAAAAAGUGCUACUAUUUCUUGUUACAUUGCUUUGUGAAAUUGACAAGGUAUUUAGCUCAAUAUUCAACAUUUUAAAAUUCUUCUUGACAUUAAAAACAAAAUUAACUAAAAAUUGCAUUUCA